AUGAACGCCGUCAAACCCAGUGCUAAACGUCGGCGCACUCAUCCGGAUGAACCGGUACCACCCAAGCGACCGGUGAGUGCGUACCUGAUCUUUGCCAAUCAACAACGUGUGGUUUGGAAAGACAAACUAGAAGGAUUGUCCGUGGCAGAAAGCUCCAAACUCUUGGCCGAUCGCUGGAAGGCGGUACCGGAUCGUCUCAAGGAGCGGUACGAAAAAGUAGCCGAACAAGCCCGCAUCAAGUACCGCCUCGACAAGGAGCAGUACGAC